CUGAAUUGACAUCACCCCAAGACCUCAGACCCUAGGGAGGACCAGUGGCAUUUCAGAGAGAGGGAGCUCCCAGGUACCUCUCAGAUAUCUUGCCUGUCUGCCACAGAACCUCCCAUCAAAGCCCUUACAGAACUAUCCCUGAAUGACAAUGAAGGCCCCAGGGAAGAAGAAAGCCCUUGUUCACCAGACUGAAGAUGUGGAGACUGGAGCAUGUCAGCUGAGUGACAUGGAACAAGACAAGAACCAUCUAAAGACAAUACUCAAGAAGCUGUCACUGCUGAAGCUGCUGAAGAACGCUGAUCACAGGAUCCUCCGGCUACGUGCAUUAGCUGUCAGCUAUUGGAAGUCCCUGGCAUUCCAGAAGCCUCCCAACCUCACUGCUGUCCCCUCUGGGACAAGUGUCUCCUCCAAGGACCCAGACAAGCCUCAAGCAGAUGCUGGUGCUAGUCCUGUCACUGAUGCUGAGGACAUGGAUACAGAUGCUGCAGCUGUGCAGAGUAACCUUGAGCUGCCCUUGGAAACCCAGCCUCCUGAUCUGCAUCAGAAGUGCUGGUUCGAAGGCCUGCCCAAGCGGCUCCACGUACCAGCUCCCAAAGUGCUCUGUAGACCAGCGACCCAGCGAUGGAUCAAACCCUGCUGCACUCGGUCAUGUGGCGAGACUCUGGAGCACACUCUCACCAUCCAGUACCAGGAGUGACAGUGUCUGCUCCCUGGCUUGCAGAUGUUCUGAGCUGGGCAGAGACUGAGACGAGGUUUCAAGAGAAAGAUCAGCUGAGUGAUGCACUGAUCCAUAAUUCUACAAAUAAAGGGAAUAAUCUGCAUCCUUCAGAC